ACUCCAGACGUCAUCGAUAAUCGAUCGGCGACGCCACCCGGCUUGUCCAGCUCCAUCGCGACAGUGCCUGCGCUCCACGUGAGCUUCGAAGCGUCGCCGAAUCUCCUCGACGUCAUUCGAGAGCGUCUCCGUGUCGCAUUCGCUAUCUGCUUCAGAAGGAAGCCGAAGUCGUCGCUUGUCGAGUCCCGGCGUGGCCUGCGCAACCUUCUGACCCAGAGAAGGCUCGAAGCGUCACGAUGCAGCCGAGUUGGAGAAGAACAGUGUUCAGCAGACAGCUCCUGGUUGGCUGUUUCGUUCUGCUGGCAGUCAUGGAACUUUCCCUUUGCUACGCCAACGACACUUUUCUCCUCAGUGAAGACGCCCGCGCCGAGAUGCGAAGGAUGUCCAAGGAGAACAGGGAUGCGACCGAAGCCCUCGAACUCGAGAUCUCCGACCUGGUGCGGCAGCUGAAACUCACCCCUACGGGCGCCCGCAAGGAUGAACUGGCGGCGCAACUCAAGGAGAGGCAGCAGCGCCUCAAAACAGUGCGCGAAGAAUUUCGCCGGAAGCUGCAAGAGCUGAUGGGCAAUGCCUCACCGGGAACAGAGCUACCGGACACAAUAACCCACGAGCCCAAGCCUACGAACCCCGCAGUAUCCACACCAUUGGACUCCUUCUUCGAAGAAAGCUGGAGUAACACAAACACCACCCACUCGAGUAAAAACAAAACAAAAUGAUCCGCACAACAGUGAUGUUUACUUUCCGAAUAUAUAUCUAAGCGGGUGUUAUCUAAUCCGCCAGGUCUGUGUUCUGUUUGCGAGGGUGGGCUAAAAGCGAGCUGCUUUGAUAAUGUUCAUUUCUCACCAUCAAAUGGCGUUGAUGAAACAUCACUACAAACAGGACGAACAAUGGGUUAUGAUAUUGUUUUGUGAUAUCACCUUAACGUAUCAAAUGCCAUGACCUUGUAAUUGGUGCGGUGUGGUUAUUCUCUCAGGUGUGGUGAAUCAGGCAAGAUGUGCUCUUUUUCUUAAGGUCACACACAUAUUUACCACCAUCCGCUUAUUCGACCACACUCCAUCUCUCAAAUGUAUACUGUAAUGCAGACAAAGGCACAGGCGCGUGGGCUUAGAUCAACAUGAUACAAUUGUUUGCACUAGAACACUCUCAUAGAUAUCACUCCAAAGCAACACAAUUGCGUCAGUAUCUUCGUCAGCACUGCAGACGUUUGUGAGAUCAAUUAUAUUUCAUAUAUCAUCCUACAGGCAGGCUUCUGAUAUAAUCCGCAGCAUGGUUCGUCAUGAACAGGCUAGGUUAGAUCUGAAGCCUGCUCGCACACGGAAGAAAAUAAAUUACUAUCAACUA